AGGAAGAGGGGAGGAGGAUAAGGAUGAGGAUGGAGGGCGGGGAGGAGAUGCAGGGCGCCGUGGGGCUACGCUGCACCUGGGACAUCCCGCCACCCUCUGGCAUCCAGGCCAAGUGGGUGAGGCUCAAUGUGGGGGGCACCGUCUUCCUCACCACCAGGCAGACCCUGUGUCGGGAGCAGAAAUCUUUCCUGUGUCGCUUGUGCCAGGGCGAGGAGCUGCAGUCGGACCGGGAUGAGACUGGUGCAUACCUAAUAGAUCGGGACCCCACUUACUUUGGACCUAUUCUGAAUUUCCUCCGUCAUGGGAAGCUGGUCUUGGAUAAAGAUAUGGCUGAAGAGGGGGUCCUAGAAGAAGCUGAGUUCUAUAACAUUGGUCCUUUAAUCCGAAUAAUCAAGGAUCGACUGGAGGAGAAGGACUACACAGUAACUCAGGUGCCUCCUAAGCAUGUCUACCGUGUGCUACAGUGCCAGGAGGAGGAGCUCACUCAGAUGGUUUCCACUAUGUCAGAUGGAUGGCGCUUUGAGCAGCUUGUGAACAUUGGCUCAUCCUAUAACUAUGGGAAUGAGGAUCAGACAGAGUUCCUGUGUGUGGUCUCCAAAGAGCUGUACAACACUCCCAGUGGCCUGAGCUCUGAGCCCAGCCACAAAGCCAAGGGCUCAGAGUGGUCCCUGCCUCUUUCUGCUCCUCACUUUUCCUCCUCUGCAGUGUACAGCAGCCCCUUGCCUCCCAGUGACACUCCCCAGCCCCCUUCACUCUUCACAUAUAGCCCUUCUUUUUUUACAAACUCACCUCGGAGGCCUGAGCCCCAGCCCUGGAGGAGGACAGAUGCUCCGAGGAGCCCCUGGGCUGCUGCAAGGGCAGGAGCCCAGGGCCCCCUGCCACGCGUAGCAGGCUGGCUUUCCUUAAUGUCACAGUGGCCCCUGCUGGGGACAUCAGGGAUCAGCCACUGCAGCCUGAACCCCCUGGAUGUGACUGGGGCCUCGAGGUCGUGGCAGCUGCAGUAGGACGAGACCUUGCCCUUUCGGGCUUGCAGGCAGCUGGUCUGGGCUUGUGGCCAGAGGGCAAAUGCGGAACCGCUGCCCUGCGCUGGGCUGCCUGCAGUGCUCUCGGGGUGUUCCUGUGCUGGGUACCAUGCUCCUGUCCCCCGAAGCAGCUCUAUGUUGGCAGGGUGAGGAGGCUGACAGGGCUGCCUGGGUACUGGGAACACGCCAGCCUCGGAUGGCAUGUCUGCUAGCGUGGGGAGACCCCUGCGCCGGGAAGCGGGUCGUUGGCUUCAUGCUCUGUCUGAGGACACCAGGUUGUAACUCCUCAAUAAAAUUCGCAGUCUGUUCCUCUUCGCCGCCUUCUC